AUGGCAGCUCCCGAGCCCUUCACCUUCGUGGAAGAGAUCAACGACGCUCCCCAUGAGAGCUUUCGUGACUAUGUCGAGAUUCUCUCGGCCAAAGUCGCUGACACAGACGUCCAAUUCAACGCUCGACUUCGACAGCAAUACCCCGAGAUGAUUGUGACCACUGUUCCCAGCAGCAAUCUCAACUUGAUUUACUUUGCCGAUCUGGGUUAUGCUCACUACGAGACAGAUUCGGAACACGACACUCUUCUCCGAUGGAGAGGUUACGUGCCGCCAGACACACGACACGGAGGGGAGGGAUAUCUCGGCGAGGUGAUAAGUUAUGCCAAGUAUAAGUAUAAUUUUGGAGAAGAAUAUUUCAUCCUCUACUAUGUCAAACUGGGCUAUUCGAUACUGCAGUAUAUUCUCAAAGAGCCUCGGGGUGAGGACGAGAAUCAGAACACGCGCUCCAGCGAGACAGAUAAGUUGCUCAGGGCUGCUGGCGCGGUCUUGUACAAGCAGCAACCUGGUAUAUUCGUUUUCGAUCGCAUGUGGAGAAAGGAUACUGCGCUUUUGGAGGAGGUUCAGAAGUCAACCUGGGACAAAGUCAUCCUGGAUGAAAAGAUGAAAGAAAGCCUCGUGCAAGUGAGCGAGAAGUUUUUCGAUACUCUGAUGCGAACCCUGUCCUUGAGAGAUGCCCCGAUUCCGACUCUGUACGUCAAAUCUGCUCCCGACACUUACUACAUUGGCGCCGUUUUCAGUUUCGCUCGAUACAUGGCACCCUGCCUCCUCGUCUUGGAAGACGUCGAGACAAUCGUAACAACAAGAACACGAUCGUACUUCUUCAAUGAAGUCGACGGCCUCGGGAACAACAACGGCAUACUGACCGUCGCCUCGACCAACUUCCUCGACCAGCUGGAUCCUGGCCUGAGCAAACGUCCCAGCCGCUUCGACAGGAAAUACCUUUUCCCUCUUCCGAACUUUCACGAACGAGAGCUGUAUACCGAGUUCUGGCGUGCAAAGUUGAUGAAGAUGAAAAGGAAAAUCACCUUUCCCAAAAAGCUUUUGCCGGCCAUGGCUCGCAUUACCGACAAGUUUUCGUUUGCGUAUAUGCAGGAGGCUUUUGUAGCUUCUUUACUUGACAUUGCCAGGCGGGAUACCGACGACCCAGAGCAAUUGGUGCAGCGAACAAGAGCCAUAGGCUUCCGCGACGUGGACGACGACGAAGGAGAAGAAGAGGAAGACCCUGACGAUCUCGACAACUACCUCCUUUGGCGUGUAUUCAAAGCGCAAGUAAAGAUCCUCCGCGAAAACAUGGACGCUGAAGGUGAGGGCGAGGGUCAAGGAGGAAGCGAGUCUCCAACGCCAAUCGAUGAUCACGUUGCCAAACCGGCCGGCCCAAACUCCAUGGGCGCGGAACCCAUCUGUCUCGACGUACCAAGCGGCGUGUACGGCGAAAGCAAUCCGUUCGGACCAAUGGUUUCCGAAGGGGCAAGCGAUGUUGACAGAGAAUGGCAAGCGAAACAGUACCUGAGCCGAUGGGACAAAUAUCCACAGCGAAAUCCCGCGGCGACGGAGUUCAGGGGCCUCAAUUUUGGAAUGGCAUGGAUGAGGCACUGA